AUGUUCGCAAAUAGACGGAAGCUGACGGAAGGCGACGGUGUCCGCUUCUCACCUGGCCGACACUCGCUCAGAUUCAAGUCACCAACAGGUUUAGGUCACCAACAGGUUGACAACAGGUUCAGAUCACCAACAGGUUCAGGUCCCCAACAGAUUCAGCUCAUCAACAGGUUCAGGUCACCAACAGGUUCAGGUCACCAACAGGUUGACAACAGGUUCAGAUCACCAACAGGUUCAGCUCUCCAACAGGUUCAGCUCAUCAACAGGUUCAGGUCACCAACAGGUUCAAGUCGACAACAGAGUUCCAGAUCAUCAACAGGUUCAGGUCAACAACAGAUUCAGAUCAACAGGUUCAGGUCAACAACAAAUUCAGAUCACCAACAGGUUCAGGUCCCCAACAGAUUCAGAUCACCAACAGGUUCAGGUCACCAACAGGUUCAGGUCAACAACAGAUUCAGAUCACCAACAGGUUCAGGUCAACAACAGAUUCAGAUCACCAACAGGUUCAGGUCAACAACAGAUUCAGAUCACCAACAGGUUCAGGUCAACAACAGAUUCAGAUCACCAACAGGUUCAGGUCAACAACAAAUUCAGAUCACCAACAGGUUCAGGUCAACAACAGAUUCAGAUCACCAACAGGUUCAGGUCAACAACAGAUUCAGAUCACCAACAGGUUCAGGUCAACAAACAGGUUCCAGAUUAACAACAAAUUCAGAUCGCAACAGGUUCGGGUCAACAACAGGUUCAAGGUCACCAACAGGUUCAGGUCCCCCAACAGAUUCAGAUCACCAACAGGUUCAGGUCAACGCUGGGUUCAAGUCACCGCAGGUUCAGGUCCCCAACAGAUUCAGAUCACCAACAGGUUCAGGUCACCAACAGGUUCAGGUCCCCAACAGAUUCAGAUCACCAACAGGUUCAGGUCAACAACAGGUUCAGGUCACCAACAGGUUCAGGUCUAACAGAUUCAGAUCACCAACAGGUUCAAGGUCAACAACAGGUUCAGGUCACCAACAGGUUCCAGAUCGCAACAGGUUCAGGUCCCCAACAGGUUCAGAUCAUCAACAGGUUCAAGGUCACAACAGAUUCAGAUCACCAGGUUCAGGUCAACAACAGAUUCAGAUCAACGGGUUCAGGUCCCCAACAGAUUCAGAUCACCAACAGGUUCAGGUCACCAACAGGUUCGGUCUAACAGGUUUCCAGAUCACCAACAGGUUCAGGUCAACAACAGGUUCAGGUCUGCAACAGGUUGGGUCCCCAACAGAUUCAGAUCACCAACAGGUUCAGGUCAACAACAGGUUCAGAUCACCAACAGGUUCAGGUCAACAACAGAUUCAGAUCACCAACAGGUUCAGGUCAACAACAGAUUCAGAUCACCAACAGGUUCAGGUCAACAACAGAUUCAGAUCACCAACAGGUUCAGGUCAACAACAAAUUCAGAUCACCAACAGGUUCAGGUCAACAACAGGUUCAGGUCACCAACAGGUUCAGGUCCCCAACAGAUUCAGAUCACCAACAGGUUCAGGUCAAUAA